AUGAGAAUGUUUUCUUAUAAUUGCAUAGAAUAAAUACAUAAAAAUCACCAGAUUGACUUUUAUUGCUUCAAUCCGGAUUGUUAAGACAGAAAAUUAUUUUGUUUAGAAUGUUUAUAAUCAGGAAUGCAUCUUGGGCAUGCUCAUAAAUUAGAUGAUAUUGAUAGACAUAGAAUAAAAAUUUAUGAUAAAUGCAAAGCCCUUAUUGACUAAUUAAACGAUUAUAAACUUCAUAUCCUAAAUUUUCUGGAACUAUUAACCAAAACUUUACAAUAGAAAUUCUAAACCCCACCAAAAUCAAAUUAUAGCUUUGAUCAAUUAGAAUCUUACAUUAAUACGCUUUUAGAUUUUGAAACCAAUUAAUCGUAAGUAGAAAAUAAAGUAAUUAAAUACCUCUUGAAAUCUUAAAGUAACAUUUAGGAUGUUAUUAUACAACUUGAAGUAAAAGAACGUUUACAUUACUAAGCUCCUUCUACGAGCUUACAAAGAGUGAGAGAUUUAUAAAGAUAAAGUACUCAAUUAUUCUAAAAUAAUGAACUCCAGAAGGCUCAAGAUAUCUUGGAUCAAACAUUGGAUUUAGAUCCUAAUAACCCAACUUCUUUAGCAUUGUAGGGUAAUCUACUACUUUCUAAAGCUAAAUAUACUGAAGCCUAUAAUAUCUUUUCGAAACUGAACAAGAUAGAUCCAAAUCAUAUUUAAGGAUUAAAUGGAUUAGGUAUGCAUACUUUUAUAUCAGGUGAUUCUUUAAGAGCAAUAAAAAAUUGUUCUGUAGCAUUAGAAGAAUAUAAAAAGGUACUUGCGUUAGAUUCCCUAAAUGUAUAAGCCUUGAUAGGAAAAGCAUAUUGUUUAGGGUAAAAAUAAAAAUUUCAAAAAGCCUAAUAAAUUUAUGAUUAGAUAUUAUUUAAGGAACCAGCAAAUGUCUAGGCAAUUUUUGGUCAAGGUAUUUUUGUAAAUAAGAUUACGAAAGCUGAGCUUCUAAGAAUAAAAGAGAAAUUUGAUGAAGCUAUAACCUUGUAUGAUAAAGCCCUAUCAUUAAAUAAAAAUCACAUAGAAUCAUUAAGUGGAAAAGGGGAUUGUUAUAGAUCACUUGGAAAAUUUAGAGAUGCAAUGGUUUGUUUGAAAAAAGCAGAAGAACUAAAUCCCCUAAAUAGCUAAACUUUAAUUAGAAUUGGGGAUUGCUUAAAAUUAGAAGAGAAACUUACAGAAGCCUAUUCUUAUUAUGAAAAAGCCUUAAAAAUCAAUCCUCUAGACGAAUGGUCUUAGUUAAAAAUGGGUAAGCAUUCAUCCUAUUUGAAGAUCAAUGCAAAAACAAUAUUCGAUUUAUAUGAUUGUGAGGUUUUUCACAUAUUAACAAUAUUAUAUCAAUGA